UCGUGCAAUGUGGUCAGAGGCUGCAAGAAACGACCCCUAUAGUUUGACUUUGGAUGAAUUUCUAGCUUUUAAACAUCCUGAAUCUAGUGCUGCUAAUAUGCUAGGAAUAGUGGAUGAUUUACUUGAAAAAUUUGAUAGAGAUGGUGAUGACGUCCUGACUGAAGAUGAAUUUUCUACAUUCCCAGAUUAUGAUUUUACUCCUCUAUUUGGUGAUGAAACAACAGUAAAAAAGCAGUCAAAACAAGAAGAAUCAAACCGUAGAAAAGAAUUUGUGCAUUUAGUCGACAAAAACAGAGAUGGUAAGGCUGAUAGACAAGAACUAUUAAAAUACGUCGAUCCCAGACACCCCCGGCACAGUUUACAAGAAGCAGCAACCUUAAUGAGUUUAGCUGAUGCCAAUAAUGAUAACAAUUUAUCUCUCAGCGAGAUUUUGAAAAAGAUGGAGCUAUUUUUGGGUUCUAAAAUGGUCGGCACUGCUAAGAGCUUUCAUGAAGAUUUUUAAAUAAUAUUUGUGACGUUAAAUGUUGCCAAGUUAAAAAUAAACAUGUAUUCACUUGCCAUAUCUAACCAGACAUGUUACCAGACAUCUUGCCGUUGAUAAAUGUUUGCAUGAUUGUAAAAUCUAUGAAAGAAAAACAUUUGUUAAUUAAUAAUUUCUCCAUCUUUGCAAAAACAAGUAUUUUUAUAAAGUAAUUUUAAUUUAUAAAUUUUAUGAUAUUGGAGCUAGUCAAUUUAUAACAAAUCAAAAAUAGAAUAUUAAUA